ACGUGACGUCAGAGUCCGGCCUCCAAAACAACCGGAGUCCAGUUUCUUGUUAUGCAAGCUUCUGUGUGAAAUGUUGGAUAACUGCUGUUUCCCUGCGUUUAUACAACACCAUGUGGAGAGCGGGGGGACUUCCGCCGGUCUAGUUUUGCCUAAAUACAUUUACGUUUGAAGAAAGUGAAUUGUAUUGAGAAGAGCUUGAGGAAAGACAGAAAGACAGACAGCAUGGCAAAGCGGAGAGAGUGUGCAGCAGAGGCCAAUACAAAGAAACUGAAGCAGGGGCUGAAGGCAAAGCGCAGCGGAGCAAAAGCCAGAGUGAAGAAGGAAACUGCAGGAAAUGGCAUCUCAGAGGAAGAGGAGAAGCUCCAGAGGAAGGUCAAACCCAAACCACGUUCUUCCACAAAACAAGCUGCAGGGAAAAUUUCUUCCAACACAUCCACAACCCUAACCACCGUCAAAACCAGUAAAUACUUCCUGUCGCCAGUGAAGGAGGAGGAGACUGACAGUGAAGACGACUCUGACAUGGUGACCUCAGCAGCACCUGUGCUUACGAUGAACGCUGGGAAAACAGAGAAAGAGGAGGAAGACAGUGAGGAAGAUGAGGAUGAUUGGGAGGAAGUGGAGGAGCUCUCUGGGCCGCUGGGUCCUGUGGAACCACCGGAGCCCGUUCUGCCCACUCAGCCGGUGGAGAUAGAGAUCGAGACUCCGGAAGUCAGGAAAAAGCAAAAGAGGCAGUUGGAGUUUGAGGCGUAUCUGAGGCGGAUGAUGAACCGAUUCAAGAAGGACGUGCUGAUAGACACACACAAGGUCCACCUGAUGUGCCUGAUAGCCAAUGGGAUGUUCCGCAGCCGUCUGUGCAGUGAACCCGACCUGCUGGCCAUCACUCUGUCGCUGCUGCCCACCCACUACAGCAUGGUCGCCAAGGAACGCAUCGACCAAAACUACCUCUCUGGACUGCUCAAAUGGUUUAGAGCAACAUUCACCCUCAAUCCCAGUCUUUCCUGGGAGGAGCGUCCGGACCCCCGGGCUCUGCUGGAGAGGCGGCUGGCCAGCCUGUCGGCCAGAAACCACCAGGAGAUGACUCAUAUGUUCCUGUUGGUCCUGAGGUCUCUGCAGCUCUUCUCCCGAUUAGUUGUUUCUUUGCAGCCGAUCCCUCUCAAACCGCCAUCAGCUAAGGGCAAAGGGGCUAGAACAUCUACCGGUGCCCCAGGAAAAAGCAACACAAGCCAGCAAAUCUCCAAGACCUCCUCUGAGACGAAAGUCUCUCCUGGCACCAAGAGACCAGCUGGAGGGGGAAAUGUCAAGGGAGGCCGAGGAGGAAAGAAAGCAAAGACGAAAGAAAAGAAGGAGGAGGAGGAGGAAAAGGGGAAGACUAUAACAUCAGGAGGACAGAGGCCAAAGAACUCCAAACGCCGCAGCAUCGCCUCAAAAGUCAGCUACAAGGACGAAAGUAACAGCGAAGGGGAAAAGGAGGAAGAGGAGCUUAGUGAUGAGGAGGAAUUUCAGGCGACCAGUGAGGAAGACAGUGAAGAUUCAGCGGGAGGAGAUAAAUCCACAAAGAGGAAGAAGGGGAAAGGAAAGAGCCAAAACACUUCAGCUCCGAAGAAAAGGAAUGGUGGAGGGCAAAAACAGGAGGAAGGCAAAGAGUGUGAGGAGGUGGAGGAAAAAGAAGAAGGAACGAACAAAGCAAAGCGAAGGAGUGGGAAAAAGAAGGGAGGGCCUGGAGCGGACGAAUGGUUGGAGGUGUAUCUGGACAAAACUUCAUCCUGGGUUUGCGUAGACGUGGAGCAGGGUGUCGAGAUGCCUCACCUCUGCUCCCAGAAUGCAACGGCACCGGUGACGUACGUGGUGUCAGUGGACGGGGACGGCUUUGUGAAGGACCUGGGAAGGAAGUACGACCCCACCUGGUUGACGCUGUCCAGGAAGAGGAGGGUGGAGGAAGAUUGGUGGGAGGAAACGCUUGAGCCGUUCCUGGGACCCGAGUACGAGAGGGACAAAAAGGAGGACAAGGAGCUCCAGAACAAGCUGCUGAACAAACCCCUGCCGAUCUCUAUAACGGAGUAUAAGAACCACCCGAUGUACGCCUUAAAGAGACACCUGCUGAAAUAUGAGGCUAUCUACCCUUCAACAGCCGCCAUACUGGGAUACUGCAGGGGAGAGCCGGUCUACUCCAGGGAUUGUGUGCACACGCUCCACUCCAGAGACACUUGGCUCAAAGAAGCACGCACUGUCAGACUAGGAGAGGAGCCGUAUAAGAUGGUGAAGGGCUUCUCUAAUCGCUCCCGUAAAGCCAGGAUGGCGUCCGAGCAGAGGGAGGAGAACGACUUGUCUGUGUUUGGAGAAUGGCAGACUGAAGAGUACCAGCCGCCUUUAGCUGUGGAUGGGAAGGUUCCCCGUAACGACUACGGUAACGUCUACCUGUUUAAGUCCUGUAUGUUACCGGUGGGCUGUGUUCACCUCAAGCUGCCCAACCUGCACCGCGUGGCCAAGAAACUGGAAAUGGACAUCGCCCCUGCGGUCACAGGCUUUGACUUCCAUGGAGGAUUUUCACACGCUGUGACUGACGGUUACAUUGUGUGUGAGGAGCAUGAGGAGAUUCUCAGAGCGGCCUGGGAGGAAGAACAACAUCUUCAGAAACAGAAGGAGAAAGAGAAAAAAGAAAAGAGGGUGAUCUCCAACUGGACUCUGCUGGUGAAGGGGCUCCUGAUCAGAGAAAGACUUAACCAGCGCUACGGAAAGAUGAACCAGGGACUUGUUCAGGGAGCGGAGACCGCCGGUCUUUCUUCAGAUGAUGAGGAGGUGGUUGAGGGUGGAAGUCCUUCAGCUAAGACAGCGUCUGAAACCCUGGCCAUGUCCUGGCCCCAGAACAGACAAGCUGAGGAGGACAGCGGGAGCAUCAGCGGACUGAAGAGGAAGACGACGACAAAACGAGAAAAGAGAGGACAAGAGAAACAUUUGUUCCCCUUUGAGAAAGCUUGAGAUCAAAAAAACUACACUCGAGUUCAGUUAAAUCAAGGUCGAUUACACUUUGCUCUCAAAAAAGCAGCUCCUGAUAUUUACUCUGGAAUAUCUUCACAUACCUUGAAAGCAGGAUAUAGUGUGCCUAUUAGCAGGAGAGGAAAGAGAGAAACUGAUCUACAGAUCGAUCUGUUUCUUUCACCGGUGAUAAUACAUGCAUUAAACCUGCUCCGUCUCAACCAUCAGUGUGCAUACUCUCAUAAUAACUCAAGUACUGUAUUGUUAGCUUUUCAUAUGAGAGCUUAGUAGCAAUACAGUACAUGCAAAGAUGCCAGGGAGGGGGGACAGAAGGUGAAUGUCAAAUCCAGAAAGUUGACACGAGUGCUCUUGUGCAGAAAGGUGUUUGAGGUUGCGUUGGCCAUGAAUAUGAGCACAGGGAAGUGUUCUUACAACAUGAUACACUCAGCAAGUGUUCAGUGGGUGUGGUCCAAAACUCGAUCCGCACACUGCAGGUGUUAGCCCAUUGGGCAUUCUUUCCCACUCAGUUCAGCACAUAAAACUGUAUGUACAGCUUAUGCCAACUUGAAUUGAUGGCUUGUGUUGCAAGUAAACAGAACACCCCGUGUACCAACAACACUAAAAACAAUGCAGGCUAACAAACACAUUUCCCUUGGCUUGUAGAAUGUUUCAUUUAAUCUCUUUCCAUAUAAGUAUGUUUCCCCAACCUUGCCACCACGUGACGACCAACUGGACCACAGCCAUUGUUACUGGCAAGUGUGCACCAUGUAACCUGACACAAUGAAAACAGAAAGUUGUAAGUUGUAAAGUUGUUGUUGAGUGAAAACUUUGUAUUAUGUUUUCAGGAACUACCCCAAACAGCCAUGUUUUUGUAGCUGAGCACUUUUGAGUUGUUGACACUGUAUUUGGGUUUUAGGAUCCUCUUAUCUGCCAGAGAUAGACUGAAGCACACAUGGACCAUGUAACCCUUCUCUUGAGGUUUAGACAUGGAAAUCACUAAAACUGCAGUUAAGUUGUUAAAUGACUUCUUAGCUCACACACUCUGUCUUGAUCUCUCACAAAUCUCCCUGUACUUCCUCUUUUUCUCUCUUUCCUUGUUAUGCUGCUAAUUUCAUUAAUGUUAACUUGUUCCUGCUGUAUUCUGUAUGUAAAAUUGUUAACCGUUUUUAUAUUUUUCUAAGAAAUGUUGAAAUUACCAGUAAAAAGCAAAACAAACUAAAAUACAUUGA